AUGAUUAAAACAUUUGGUUUACAAUUACUUGAUGAAAUACAUCAACAAACUAUCCCAACUCAGAGCAUAAAACUUAAUUCAGAAUGCAAAUUAAAAUUUCAGAAAUUAGUUAAGAAAGCAAAGAACUCUCGUGAAUGUACUAUCGAUUGGUUUCUCAGAGAGCUUAUAAAUGAUCAACAUAUGAAAGAAAAUUUAGGCUAUAUAAUUUUGAAAGGUCUAAAAACAUUGUCUAGUGAGAAAAUUAAAAAUGAACCUACUCUAAAUGAAAGUAAAUCAAGAAAAUUUGAAAGACAAAGCAAGCAACCAGACUUUGUUGUUUCAGUUAUUUACCAACUUCAAACAGAAUCUGUUAUAUUUGUAGAUAAAGAUUGUUUAGAUUUUUUGAUAGAUAAAGGUGCUAAUAUUAACAUAAUUGGUUUUCAAUAUAUAG